AUGAUGAACUCUACCCAAACUUCCGGCUGGCAGGUCCUAGUGACCAAGAGAAAGCUCCUGGUAUCCUGCGUUCUGGGCCUCUUCUUCCUUGCCAUCGGGAUGGACCUCCGAGCAGAGCUCGGAGCUGGACACAAUCAGAAGAAGAUCCUCAAGCGUGACACCACCAGCACUAGCGAUGCCACCAUCUGGCAGCCUGCGGCAGGAGUCAAGUGGCAAAUUCAACUUGUCGACGCCGUCGAAGACACCAGCGUCGAUGCCGACAUCUGGGACAUCGACCUCUUCGACAACACCGCCGAGACAAUCACCACUCUCCAGGGCAAAGGCCACAAGGUCAUCUGCUACUUCUCUGCUGGCACGUAUGAAGACUGGCGUUCAGACAUUAGCAAGUUCGACAGCGCGGACUUCGGCAGCAACCUCGAUGACUGGCCAGGCGAGCGCUGGCUCAAUAUCAAGUCGACCAGUGUUCGUGCGAUCAUGAGCUCGCGGCUGGACAUGGCGCAACAGAAGGGCUGCGAUGGCGUUGACCCGGACAAUAUUGAUGCAUAUGGGAAUGAGAACGGUCUCGGGUUGACAGAGGCUGACUCGAUUGACUUUUUGACUUUCCUGGCCUCGGAGGCGCACUCCCGUGGCAUGUCUAUCGGGUUGAAGAAUGGCGGUGACAUUAUUGGCUCUGUUAUUGAUAAGAUGCAGUGGUCGGUCAAUGAGCAGUGUGCCGAGUACAACGAGUGUGACGUCUAUGCUGCCUUCACGGAUGUCAAUAAGCCUGUUUUCCAUAUUGAAUAUUCCGACGAGACUAUUGAGUCGGAUAGCUCUGACGAUACUUCUGACACUGCCACCACGACUUCCACUGAUGGCAAGGCUACCGCCACUGCAACUGCCACUGUUGCUGUCAUCCCUUCUUCUACCUCAGCUACCGCCGCCGCUGCAACAGCCACUAGUGUCUCUGUCAUCCCUGCUUCUACCUCAGCUACCGCUGCUUCUGCAACCGCCACUAGUCUUUCUGUCAUCCCUGCUUCUACCUCAGCCGCCGCUGCCGCUGCAACCAGCACGGCCGCUGAUGACACCAACGAUGAUGAUGAAGAUGACGAAGACGACGACGAAGAGGCUAGCACCGAUAAUACUAAGGAGAAAAAACACCGACACGGUCACGGACACGGUAACCACAAUCUCCGAGCUAGAGCCGUUCUCUCCUCCACUUUGAAAACAUCAGCUUGCAACGCAGCCAACGCCGGCAAGUUCUCCACUGUUAUCAAGAACAUGAACCUCGAUGCCUGGGUUGAAUAUUGCUAG